GCUGUAAAUAGAACUGCUUAUAUGUGAAAAAAUUGAGGUUUGAUAUCAUUGUUGUGAAUGAACGCUGAAGCUGCUCACUGUUAUGUUGCGUUUUAUUUUAUAAGCAUAUUCACAAACUGAGGUGGUUAGGUUAUGAUUUUGAAGCUGUGUACACCUUUGUACAGUACUUGCAUUUGGGGUCCUUAACAUGGAGAUGUUUUGAGAAGUGACUGACUACAAACAGGAUGUGGAUAGGUGUUAAAGAAGUGAGACGAGGGGUGAAUAAUGAAGUGGAACACUACGCAUAGACCCUGUGGAACAAAAACAUUUUCAUUUACCUAGUACAAUGUUAAAGUUAUUUCAUUUUGUUUGACUUUGUUAUGCAGCUCUUCUCAAUUUUGACUUUGUGACUCUUCAAACUCAAAACUGACUCAAAAGUCAGCUAUAUUUAAUUACACUUUGCCCAUACUUUUACGCUCAUGAUUAGUCACUGGAUUAGUCAUUGUCAGGUGAAGUAGAAGUGUCUGACUAGAUGUAGUAAUAAGUCACACUGGUUCAUGUUUACUUCCUUCAGUGAAAGACCCGUAUCAGGCUUUUUUGUGAGUUUCAAUGGAGUUUAAGCUGCUGCUGACCUUAGUUCUUUCUACACACAUCACAGGGUUCAGUGCUGAGAUCCCUGUGUUUGUUCAGACAGGAGCUUCUGUUCAACUGGAUAUACAGACACAACAACUACCAGAGUUUGAGGAUUUAUACUGGACAAAAUAUAAAUAUGAGAAUAUAGUUAAAUAUAUAAAUGAAUCUAAAAAAGUCAAUCUUUACAAAGACAGAGUGGAUUUUAAUGAUACAACCUUCUCUCUGACACUGAAGAACAUGCAGAAGACAGACAGUGGACCCUACAGAGCAAGAACAAUUGGCAAAUCAGAGAAGGAUAUUAUUACAUACAGAGUAUCUGUUAUAGAUGCAGUGGAAGCUCCUGUCCUGACUGUAAACUCAAAAUGGUCCAGUCAUGAAUCUUGUAAUUUUACAUGUAAUGGAAGUAACAUUACCGUCAGCUUCAUCUAUAAUAGAAGCAGCUGUUCUCCAGAGGAAGUGACAUCAUCUGAUCACUACACCCUAAGACUGAGCUGCAGUGGUGACUCCAUCAUGUGUAACUACAGCAACCCAGUGAGCUGGAAGACUGACAGAGUGAAUGUUAAUGAACACUGCACUGUUAAUGAAGGAAAACAAGCAUCAUCUGUGUUUCCACUGUGGGUCGUUGCUAUUAUUUUUCUAUUCUCAUUGGCGGCAGUGAUCAGCUUAUGUAUUUACAAAAGGAAAAAAGGUGCCCUGGAGGUUGAACAGACAAUCUAUGCAGAAGUGGACGAGAACAUCAAACCACGGAAGUCACUGGAGAUGUUGGGGAAAUCAGAGAAUUCCCAGACAGUGUAUGAUACUGUAGGAGAUCCAGGACGAACUGAUGCUACCAUCCACACUCAACCUGUGAAACAGAGUUCAUCACUUUCAGAUAAGAGCAAGUCAGAUGCACCAGUCACUAUCUACUGUUCCAUUCAGCAGCAAGCAAACCCCCCCAAAACUGAAGCCGAAAACACUGUUUAUGCUGUGGUCAGUAUCCCGCCAGCUGAUUAUGAAUCUGCACAUCCACAAUCAGAAUAAAAAUGAAUGAAUGAA